UUACGCAAUACGUACGUAGUUGCGCAGGCAAAGGCGGGGAUGCGUUAAUUGCAUCACAAUAUCUCAAUAAUACCUUAAACAAUGAAAAGUACAAUUUUAUAUGUAAAGCCAUUACCGCCCCUGUUAGUACAUACCUAUAUACAAACCAAUACAUAUUAUUAACUAAGCGGAAAACAUGAAAAGCUUCGGGGAAUACAACAAAGUUGAUUAUAUUACAUCCGAUAAAGAUAAUCCCGUGGUUUUUUUGGACGUUGCAGUCGACAGCGAGAAAGUCGGAAGAAUUGUUAUAGAAUUAUUUAAAAAAGUUGUGCCNCGAACUGCCGAAAAUUUUCGCGCAUUAUGCACCGGCGAAAAAGGAGCUGGUNUAAAAGCCAAAAAAUUACACUACAAAGGGAGUAUUUUUCACAAGCUCAUUUCGCAGUUUAUGAUCCAAGGAGGAGAUAUUGUUAAUUACGACGGUACCAGUGGAGAAAGUAUUUAUGGCUCACAUUUUGAAGACGAGAAUUUUAUAUACAAACAUCGAAAACCUGGACUACUAAGCAUGGUAAAUGAGGGACAGCCAAAUUCCAAUAGUUCUCAAUUUAUCAUCACUGUUCAACCUUCCACACAUUUGGAUAACACCAAUGUAGUAUUUGGAAAAAUAAUAAAAGGCAUGGGUGUUGUAUUAGAAAUCUCUAAAAUACAGACUGUGAAGGAUAUUCCGGUCCAAAAAAUAAGUAUAGUUGAUUGUGGAGAAUUGAAAAGAGAUGAAAGUUGGGGAUUGGAAGAAAAUGAUGGAUCCGAAGAUGUUUAUACAUCAUGGCCCGAAGAUUGGGAUUAUUCCUCCAAUGUUGAGAAGCUCAGUCACAAAUAUAUGGAGGAAGUCAUAANGAAGAUAAAAAACUCAGGAAAUGAUUAUUUUUUUAAGAAGAAUUUUGUUGACGCUGCCAGAAAGUACAAGAAAGCAUUACGCUAUUAUCGUUGGAUGAGCGCGAAGCAAGACAUGCCGGAUACAUUGUAUGCUUCAUUGGCGGAUCUCAAACCAAUUCUNUUAUUGAAUUUAGCUGCUGUACGAUUAAAGCAAAACAAGCCUCGCGAAGCCAUAGAUCUUUGUAACGAGGUUCUGCAAUUGGACGGUACUAAUAGCAAAGCGUUAUUUCGACGAGGCCAAGCCUAUAUUAAUUUGAGCGAAUUCAAGUUAGGGUUAGCAGAUUUGCAACGAGCACUUGAAGCAUGUCCUAAUAACAAAGAUAUUAUACAAGAAAUAAGAAAAUCAAAACAGAUGGAAAACUCUUAUUUAGAAAUUGAGAAAGCAACGUGUCAAAAAAUGUUUAAUUNAGAAUACACUUGUAUAUUUGUUUAAAAAUUUUAACUAUUGUCGACUCUCCACUUAGCAUCGCUUAAAACUAGAUUUCACUGGCCAGUCAAAAUGACCAGUUUUAGAUUUUUAUUUAUAAAACUUACUCAAAUUUAUAAUAUUGCAUUUCAGAAAUUUUUUGACUUUUUUGCAAUAUAUAAAAAAUUAAGUUUAUCAAUUUGUCNUUAAAAAUUUCUAAAAUGCAAAGCCAUUAAUUUUUGAGUAAUUUUGAAAUGAAAAGUUACCAGUCAGUCAUUUUGACUGCUUGCAGUAGUUCUAGUGUUAAUCAACACGACAAGUGCAGUAAAAUGGUUGACAAUCAUGUUUUUGUUUUUUAUUUCAUUUUUUUUUUUUAUAUAUCUUUUAUAUAGCAAUAAUAUGGCAGUCUUUAUUUAAGACGAGAAAUUAAGUUUUAUAUAAUUUUAUAUACGCGUAAAUGUAAGAUUAAUAAAAUUAAGAUUUCUAGAUGGUAAAAGUUAUAAUCAAAGACGCAUCAAAAAGCAUGCUUUCGUAAUGAUGUGGUAGUAAUGUACUAACUAACUGUAUCAGUAGCAAUGUAUCAUACAUUUAUUGAACAAAAAUGAACAAACAUAAGGAUAUUUAGUAAUCAAAUGUUUAUUGUGUAUAUAUAUACAUAAAUGUUUAAAACAAAUGUUUAGAUAGAAAAAAAAUGUAUAAACAAAAAAAGAAA